GUUGCCUAGGCGACGAGGGCUGCUUCCUCUAGCGGUAACAUGGCAGGGUCGUCGGGAGCGACCCCAGGGGCGAUGACCCCAGUGACUCCGGCAGGCAGCACAGCUGACUCUGAGAAACACACUGAAUUCCAGGAGAAUGAAAAGAUUCUGUCUCAAGAUUUUCUCUCUUCUGACCAGAUCACUGACCUGCUGAAAGAGGCAGACAUAGAUGGAAUUCAAGAGAAAAUGAGAGUAUUUCUGAAUUUUAAAAAUCUCCAGACUUGCUUAAGAGAUGCCAUUCUCUUGGACUACUAUGUAUCCGGGUUCUUUUGGGCCAAAGAUAUGGACUUUUCCCUCGACCAAUAUUCAAAAUUUAUGACUCUGCUGGACAUGUUACUGCAUAAUCUUCAAACACUCCAUAUGUCCCUAGAGGACAGCAUCAAGUGGCUCGGGGAAGUGAUGGCGGAAAUUGGACCAAACCGUUCGCCGAGGAAUGAGGGGUUGCAAGUCUUUGAUGUCAAAGAAGCCAACGCCAUCAUCGAUUACUUGAAAAUCAGCUUAUUGCAGCACUACAGGCUCUAUGAGUUUAUGUUCUACUCGACCAGAGAAGAAAUUGUCAUAGGAACUGAGUAGAAGGAGGAGUAGAGCGAAACGUGUACGCCUCUAUUCAUAGACAUAUCCAGAUCAUAAAUGAAAAUGGAAAAAAAAGACAGAGAAUGCCCCAGUUUUCAGCCACUGAUUAAGCAGCAGACCCAGGAAAUGCUGGUCAGUGGCUGCCAAACAAAAAGAGAGAAGCCAAGUAUCACUGAGUCCCUAAUAGAAUCGUCGGAGUCCAUCUGAGUUGAUCCUGCUGGAUCUUUGAACUGUUCAGAAUUCUGACUGUUCUCACACUAACUGCUCAUUUGCUGGCAAUACGGAGGUUCGCCUGCGUGUUGGGGGUGUCGUGGGACUGCAGUGAGCUUACCUGGCUGUUGGAUAGAAGAUGAAGAAUCCAAAAACAUGAAAAUAAAAAUGUACAAAGGAGAAAGGAUAAAAAUGACUCAACCCCAAGUGCACUCUGGCCGCCUUGUUGGGAGCAUGUGAUAUGGCAUGGGCGUGGUUUAAGUGUGUCCAUCAAAGAUUCUUGUUGGCUGCUUGAUCCCCAGUGUGACACUGAAGCUGAGGGAAUCAUAAUGGGGUGGUGCCUAGGGAGAGGAUCUGCGUUUGGAGGGGCAGCCUCAGAAGGGACUGCGGGACGUAAUCUCUCACUGGUAUCUAUCUUAUCCCUCCCACGUGCCCGUGCCAUUGCAUCAUUGGCUACCAUGCUCCCGUGAGGACUUCACCAUAGCCUCACCA